GUAUUUAACUACAAACAGAGGAGGGUGUUUGCUCUGGGGUUUCACUAGCUAGAAGUCUGAGGGUCAGGUUUUCAGAGGAGGGUGUUUGCUCUGGGGUUUCACUAGCUAGAAGUCUGAGGGUCAGGUUUUCAGAGGAGGGUGUUUGCUCUGGGGUUUCACUAGCUAGAAGUCUGAGGGUCAGGUUUUCAGAGGAGGGUGUUUGCUCUGGGGUUUCACUAGCUAGAAGUCUGAGGGUCAGGUUUUCAGAGGAGGGUGUUUGCUCUGGGGUUUCACUAGCUAGAAGUCUGAGGGUCAGGUUUUCAGAGGAGGGUGUUUGCUCUGGGGUUUCACUAGCUAGAAGUCUGAGGGUCAGGUUUUCAGAGGAGGGUGUUUGCUCUGGGGUUUCACUAGCUAGAAGUCUGAGGGUCAGGUUUUCAGAGGAGGGUGUUUGCUCUGGGGUUUCACUAGCUAGAAGUCUGAGGGUCAGGUUUUCAGAGGAGGGUGUUUGCUGUGGGGUUUUACUAGCUAGAAGUCUGAGGGUGGAGGUUUUCAGAGGAGGGUGUUUGCUCUGGGGUUUCACUAGCUAGACGUCUGAGGGUCAGGUUUUCAGAGGAGGGUGUUUGCUGUGGGGUCUUUAUGUAGGAGACUGUUGGAGCCUGGACUGGACUAAGUAGUCAGUAACCACACCCACAGCAUUUAAAUACGAGCUAGAGAGAGGGGACUGGUAGGAGACUGUUGGAGCCUGGACUGGACUGACUAGUCAGGAACCACACCCACAGCUUUUAAAUACGGGCUAGAGGGAGGGGACUGGUAGGAGCCUGGACUGACUAGUCAGGAACCACACCCACAGCUUUUAAAUACGAUCUAGAGAGAGGGGACUGGUAGGAGCCUGGACUGACUAGUCAGGAACCACACCCACAGCUUUUAAAUACGGGCUAGAGGGAGGGGACUGGUAGGAGCCUGGACUGACUGACUAGUCAGGAACCACACCCACAGCUUUUAAAUACGGGCUAGAGGGAGGGGACUGGUAGGAGGCUGGACUGACUAGUCAGGAACCACACCCACAGCAUUUAAAUACGAGCUAGAGAGAGGGGACUGGUAGGAGCCUGGACUGACUCUCACACACACACACCUGCAACACCAGGGUGGGUCUGGAACAGAGGAAUAGGGAUUAAUUUAACAUUGGUUUGUCAUAUCACAUCUUUCCUGUCUGUUGGAAGGUUAGAAGAUGGCUGUGAAUAAGUGUAUCAAGUACUUGCUCUUCCUCUUCAAUCUACUGUUCUGGAUCAGUGGCUGCAUUAUUCUUGGUGUCUCCAUCUACCUCAAAGUGAGCAAGAAUGGAAACGUGAUAAUGGAUGAGGCAGUGCCGUUUGUAGACCUGCUGAUAGCUGUUGGCGUCAUCAUCAUGGUACUGGGCUUCCUGGGCUGCUGUGGAGCCAUUAAGGAAAACCGAUGCAUGCUCAUUCUGUUCUUCAUCGGGCUGCUCCUCAUCUUCAUCCUCCUGUUGAUCGCCGGAAUCCUGGGAGCUGUCGGAGAGAAGAAGUCUCAGGUGUGGGUGAAGGAGAGUCUGGCGAAGCUGCUACCUCUGAAGGACCAGAAGCCUGAAGUUCAAACGGACUUGCAGAAACUGGAAGUGGAGGCAAAGUGCUGUGGACUGAUCAACGGACCCUCUGACUGGGGCUCCCCUGUCCCCAGCUCUUGUGACUGUGUUGACACCGCUCAGGCGUGCCAAAGUGCAAAUGGACGCCAAGUGUACUCAACGGUAGGCAGACAAUCUCAUAUGAUUAAUGAAAUACUAUUUAGAAAACUCAAGGAAGGUGGCUUUACUUGGUAUAAAGGAAACAUCAAUAAACGCACAUUACCGCUGCACUACAUUACCAUUACACUACACUGCCAUACAUUACCAUUACACUACACUGCCAUACAUUACCAUUACACUACACUGCCAUACAUUACCAUUACACUACACUGCCAUACAUUACCAUUACACUACACUGCCAUACAUUACCAUUCCACUACACUGCCAUACAUUACCAUUACACUACACUGCCACUACUCUACAUUACACUACACUGCCAUACAUUACCAUUACACUACACUGCCAUACAUUACCAUUACACUACACUGCCAUACAUUACCAUUACACUACACUCGUACCCGUUUUGUGUUUCAGCUCUUUGGAAUGGCCUUCGCCAUGACCCUGUACUGCCAGAUUGGGAAGAGGGACGCCAACACUGCCUAAUGCAGCAACACGUGAUGCACUUGAUCUGGGGUUGUGGUCAAGGUGAAUUAGAAGUCAUCAAUUCAGGAAGUCAACUGAAAUUCCAAUACAAUAAAUGGAGAAAAAACAAAAACCCAUCUAUUUUCAAAGAUUUCUCAAACUGAAAAGCAGACGUUAUUUAUUCCAAGUUUUUACAUUCGCAAUGUUAAAUACAAUUCACUUGCUCAAUUGACUGACUUCAAUUCAAAUGGACCCCAAUCAUGACUUGAUCAAAAGCUGGCUUUGACAUAUCCCAUACAGCAAUGCUGCUUGCAACAUGUACUUGAUACUGAACGUCGGGGUUCAAAUCUAGUCCAUUCAGAAAGUACACUGACAUUCCAGUUCUCUUCAAUCAGGAACAUUUGGAAUUAGGUUUGCUUUGUCAAUUGACUGGACUGGAAAUGGACUGGACCCCCCCCAACCUGCUGAAUGUCACUAUGGACCACAAUGCAUCAUGUUUUUCUCCAUUAUUUACAUGCAUCAAAUGAUGUUCUGAUUUAGAUUUCCGAUCUUUGUUAAAUUAUGGCAGUUUCUUCACUUGUGAAGUUGAUUGAUCCAUAUGUCAUUGAACAUGAAUUAGUGUUUUUUUUUCUUUAAAGGAGCUCUGUUUCAUUGUGUACUGCUCUACGUCUCUCUCUGAAUGGGGGGCUUCGCUGUCCAUACACUGAACUGUGUAUUAUUCAUGCUGAAAUGUUGAACUUUUUCCCUCGUUUUAUUGCUAUCAUCUCGUAGAUAUUAAAGUCUGACGGUAAAUAUUGAUCACGCUGUAUAUACAUUUACCUGUUAUAUAGUUGAGUUGUAUGAUGAUUGCAGUACAUGUCAGAAUGUCUUCUGUUCAAGGCCUGUGACCAAUGUCUUUAUGGCUGUUCCCCUUUUUGAGGCACAUCAGAAAUAAAGAAGUAGUAACUCA